UUCUUCAUGUAAAUAAUUAUGACCUAACAACAAAUGUCAAGAAUUACAUAAUAAUUAAUACGUCCAUGUUGUUUUCCACACAUCCAAUGCGAUUAUUAUCGGAAAAUAUGUUAGAGGGAGACGAUUUGAAAAACAAUUAAUGGUCCCAUCCUAGAGUAGACUGGUUUGAAACUGGUAUGAGAAACCAGACAAGGAAACCAGGUAUUUCGUAAUUUGGUAAUUUAAAUCUUUAAUUUUGGGUAUUGUUUUGAUUUUAUUGUGUUAGUAUCAAGCAGGGACCACCGUCUGCUAGUGUGAAAUAGCGCACUGUUGGGUGAUAGGUGAUAAUUCCCCGGCAUGGCAGACCCGUUGAAGGAACCCACGAUCCUGCAAAUAGUUGACACUAGACUCUGUGCAGACUCUACCGAAUGGUGUCCCACGGAGAACAAACAGAACAUACUGCUGUGUGGAACAUACCAGCUGCAGGAGGAUGAACCAGCAGAGGCUGCUGGUGGAGGACAGGUCCGGAUCGGGAAGCUUCAGAGAUACAGCCUGUCUGGUCUGCUGGAUGACCAGCCGCAGCUCACACUGGAGGAGGAGCGAGACAUGCACGGGAUUCUGGACAUCAAGUGGCGCCACACCGUGGAUGACGAUCAUCCAGCGUUCGCUCUGGUGGAUGCGGUGGGGCAGCUACAGCUGUGGAGACUCGCAGACGACGACAGUCUAGUGAAGGUGUGUUCCGCACAGCUAGGAGAGUCGUGCCUGGGCUUGUCUUUAGAUUGGUCUCGUCAAGAAUCCCCAUGUUCAGAUAUAAUUACAUCCGACUCCACGGGGUCGCUGACGUUGUUCAAGGUUGGAAGUGACAUCGUCGUUGCUGACAGAUGGAAAGCACACGACUACGAGGCUUGGAUCUGCGCCUUUAACUAUUGGGACGGCAACGUCGUUUAUUCAGGAAGUGACGACUGCACCUUCAAAGGCUGGGACAUGAGAAGCAACCAGAGAUCACCAGUGUUUACCAACAAAAGAGCUGAAAUGGGUGUGUGUAGCAUUCAGAGCAACCCCUGGAAGGAACACCUUUUGGCUGUUGGCAGCUAUGAUGAGCAUGUCUACCUUUACGACACACGUUCCAUGCGGUCCCCCCUCUCAACCGCCAGUCUCGGCGGGGGCGUGUGGCGGGUCAAGUGGGACCCCUCCUGUGGCGAACACCUCCUCACCGCCACCAUGUACAACGGCUUCCAUAUCGUAGACUGCUCAAAUACGGACACCGAUCCUCUUCCCAUACUUGCACAUUAUAUGACUGACAUCAGACUGGGGUACGGUGCUGACUGGUGCAGGUUGAGACCGAACUCCGACACGACAGGAAAUUCCAAGGAUAUUUCUGCGGCAAAUAAAGCUCUUGUGCAUUCAAAGAACGACAGUUCAAAACCCGUUGGCGUCGACACAGAAAUUGGUGACAGUAACACGCGUAUGGACAGUCAUGAAGUAACAACAGAAUGUGAUGGAGUGGACAUAUUAACGAAGAAAACUAGUGCUUGUGUCGGGAAACAGAGCGAUUCAUCGUUUAUUGUUGCUACUUGUUCAUUCUAUGAUCACUCAUUACAGCUUUGGAGGACUUAGUAUGCUCUCCGGUGAAAGUUUGUUUCAGUAUAUUGAGAUAUAUAUGCAUUUCGUAAUAUACGUACAUGUAUAAAAGAUCAGACUGAAAUAAAUAUAUCACGAUAA